AUGAGCUCCAAAAAUCUGCUGGACGUCUCUUUCUCUGCUGAUACUCUUGACGAGCGUGAGGGGGUUGACGAAUCGCAACGAGAAGCACAAACGGUGCGUCGAGACAACAGAAACGAUGCCAGCGGAUCGAUUGCCAGCUACGGUAGCACUAUUGGAGGCAGUGCAGACGCGGCUUCCGAAGCGGGGACAGCAGAGUCCCACAAAGCCUCGCAAGAAGGUUACCUAGCUUGGGUAAGCGACCAUGAUGACACAGACCACAGUCGUCUCUUGGCAUAUACGACUCGGCUUGUCCAGUCCGGUGCGGCAGCAACCAAGAGCGCCGAUGACGAAGAAAGUGGCAAUCAUCGUGACGACGGUGAGAAGAGCAAUACAGGAAAUGACAGUGUGGACCCAUUGGGCCGUCACUCAUCUCAUCAUGUUCUUGAGGUUUGGAAGAGAGUCUCUGGGGCACCAGGUGAAAUGAAAGAGAUUCCAUUCAUGGAUGACUCGAAAGGAGCAAUGGACAACGAUGACAGUUCCAAAGAAGAAAAUGAUCAUGAAUCUAUGAUCAGUCAUUCAGAGUCAGCUGCUUCUGUGGAUUCGGCUAUUGAAAGAGAGAAGUCGAUAUUGUUUGGUAUUGCUUUUUGGGUUGGUAUGCAGCAAGCCAUGAAGUAUGUAUUUGUUCUUCAUGUCCAAUGCUGUACUACCAUAAUGAGAUGCUUGAAACAAUGUUGUAAAAGAGCAAGUAGCGGUGAUGCUCAGGCCAAGGAUGGCGCAGAAUUAAUUGAUAACGGUGUUGUGCGGAAUGAUGCAACCUCAAGAACAACACAACAAACAGGCUCGGGGGCUGCUGUGGCAGUCGCUGUCAUGGCUUCAAUGGGGGGAUCAGCAGCAGCAGCCGGAGCAGCUACAGGAGCUACCACUGCAGCUGCGGUUGCUGCUGGGGCAUCCGCUGUGACAGCAUCAGCAACCACUGUAGCAGCAGUAGCCACUGCUGCGGUGAUCACAGCAACUGCAGUCACAGCAGGUCUGGCCUCUUCAAUUGUUAGCCAGGAACAGCCUGUUGUUCCCUAUGUAGCCCUUGUAGGGAUAAACACAGCUGACCCAUUUGAGCCGCCCUCCUGUGCCUUGGAUGGUCAAAUGAAGAUGGGCUAUGUGGAGCUCAAGUUUGAAGACAUGGACUCGAGCAAGAUUGGGCCCAUGCAGGAAGAACUGGAGAUCCUUUUCCGCCAGAUCUACAAUGAGAUCACAGCUAUGUGCUUGGACCCAUUUCAACGAAUCAUGUUCUCGGCCAACAUGACAGGAUUCUACUCAGAGAACAUCACAACAUUCGCAGAGAAUGCCACCCUCGUCAAUGGAACCUGCAACAGAACGUUUAGUGACAGCAAUGCUACGGAUACUACUGAUGAAUCACAAGGUCGGAGCCUACAAGAGAAACAGGAUGCUGAAUUUGUCCUGUCUGAGUUCUUUGUAUUGUUUGCCACAACCUAUGAGCAACAGAUGCGGGCAAUAUUGGAAGCUUUCAAUGUGACAAGCCCCAGUGGUUCCAGGCCCUCGCUCUAUGUUGCGUUCACCCGGCGAACUUCAACCUUGGCUACCACGGGGGAGUUCAGUGAUGUUGUCCAAAGGGUUGGCCGCACUGAUAUCAACCAGUAUGUUGACCUAGUAUCGGCCAACAAUGGGACAAUUGUGGCCCCUUUUGUAAAUGAGGAGCUAAACAAUCUACAGAACUGUCUAGAACAGAAACAAUCUGAUGCCACAGAUGACUUCUGUGAGGAGCUGUUGGCUGGGGUCAGUGUUGAUAUCCAAACCAUGGAGGCAUGCUUAGAGUCAGUCACUGCUCAAGAAUGCCAGGAAGUCCUACCAGCUGUACUUGAAAAGUGGGCAAGUUCAAAUGGUACAGCCAGUGUUACAAUUGAGAGAGACUCUCCUACUAUUUCGCCAUCACCAAAUGUACAAUCUUCUUUUGUGGAGCUUCAAGUAAUGCUCGACAGUAGUGAUUCACGAGAAUCAUCAGGUUCACCAGUUUGGAGUCCCCAAACUGGAAGUCCGGACAUGUUGGUACCAACAGACACCUCGAAAAAUCCAGCAGCUGGUACAGGCAGCCCCUUGGCGACACCGACUACAGUAACACCAUCAGAUGGUGUGGUUGCUGCCUCAGCAAUGCAACCUCCAGCUUCGAGCAGCUCUCCAGGAUCCAACCCAAAUGACAAUCCUGGAAUACUUGUACCAGCCUCAGUUGCCCCAAUGAGCAUUGGUCACACUGAAGGUACACCGACGGUCACUUCUGGCCCACUCUCGUUUAGCCCUGCCACAGUAGUGCCAGCCACUACCCCCAUUACAAGCAUUCAAACUGUGACACCUGGAUCACCAUCAUCUACUCCCACUACUAGCAGCCCCACAACAAGAACACCAACGGUCACCCCUGGAUCACCCUCGACUAGUCCCACAAAGGGUACAGCUUCAGUGACAUCUAGAUCGCCCUCAGUAAGCCCCGCCACGACUUCACCAACGGAUACCCCCACAACAGGGAUGCCAACAGUCACUCCUGGAUCUCCCUCUGUAAGCCCCACCACAGCCCCCCCAACUGAUACCCCAACUACACAAAUUCCAACUGUGACAACUGGAUCACCCUUGGCCAGACCUGCAACGGGAAUUCCAACGGUCACGCCUGGAUCACCCUCGGCACGUCCCGCAACAGAAACACCCACAGGCAGUCCUGGAUCACCCUCAGUGAAGCCUACCACAGGAACACCUACUGUCACUCCUGGAAUGCCCUCAAUGAGUCCAGCCACAAGUGCACCAAGCAUCAUUGUGACUCCCGGUACCCCUUCGGCAUCUCCAUCCACAGCUUCUCCAGCAAGUGGUAGCCCCACAAUGGAUACUGAAGGGUCACCAACUGUGAAUCCCACUCCUACCACUGGAAGUCCCACAACAGAAACCGGUGAACCAACUUCAAUGGCACCCAUCUCAGGAACACCCACAAAUGCAGAACCAGUUUCAACCAUCAAGCCUUCACUGGAGCCAACGCUGCAACCAACGCCAGAACCUACACAAGGAAUCACUGUCGAACCAUCCCCCAACCCAACUAAUGAGCCAACCAAUGAACCUAGCCCCAGCCCAACUAAUGAGCCCAGCCCCAGCCCGACAAAUGAGCCAACAGAAGAACCAAGCCCCAGCCCAACAAAUGAGCCAACAGGUGAACCAACACCCAGCCCCACCAAUGAACCAAACCAGGACCCCACUCAAUCUCCAAGUGGUUUGCAAUCUGCCACCCCAAGCAUGGUGCAAGCUCCUAGCCACAAUCCCGGCACAAAUCCCAGUCAACAACCAAGCCAGGAACCAAGUGCAUCUCCAUCAUUUAGACCCAGCUCUGGUCCAACCACCCUGCAACCCACUGUUACUCCUGGAGAACCUACAUCUUCUCCUAAUAGUGCCCCAUCAUCUGGGCCAACAACUGUAGCUGAAGCCUGUGGAUUCAUCACAACUACAGCAUACUAUUACAUGGGAUUUGACAACAAUACUGAUCUGCAGUCGGAUACCGAACUGAAUACGGCAUUUUUGCAAUCCUAUGGUGCUCUGAAUAGGACAGAAACUUGUGCUCCUGUGCUGAUUGAUGCAGCAGUAGCCCGCAGAAUAGAUGGAAGACGCUUGCAGGUGGGAAUCAUUCAAUUGGAGUUUUUGGUCACUACAAACUCCACAGGCUCUGGCUCAUUCCUUCAGAAUCAAGCUGAGAUUGAUACAUUUGUAGCUGCUUUCAGUGACUUGACCAAUGUAGCAGCUUUGUACUUGCGGGAAACGAUAACCACAUCACCCCCCACUGAAUCACCUACGGGAGCAGCACCAUCAACCACACCUUCCUCAGCUCCCUCAGCAUAUCCUUCGACUGUAUCCUCUAUACCCACAAGCGCACACCUUCGAUAA